UUAUUUUAUUGAUACCGUUUCGUCCGUUCAUAGCGUUGGUUUGAUUUAAAGAGCAGCUGACCGAAAGGUUACCGUGAAAUCAGAUCGAGAAUGUAUUGAUGUCUUGGGAAAUUAUGUCAUGAUCCAUAUUAUAACUGGCGCUAGAAUAUACAUAAUAUGUACAUUUGUUUUGCAAAUAUUUAAGUCAUUGAUCAGUCAUUUUGUGAAAUGUUCAUAUUACAUGCGGAUUUAACGGUCUAGUAACCCAAAUGACAAUGAUAACAUUCAAUGCGGACUUGCUUUUUGGCAAUACAGAUGAAAAUGCUAACAUUUAAUGCGGCUUAAACGUUAUAUUUGAAACUCAACUAACAAUACUCACAAUAAGUGCGACUUGGACAACUAUUUUCACAAUACUCACACUUUGUGCGGCUUUGCUAUGUUGACAUCACAAACGACAAUGAUUGCAUAUUGUGCGGCUUAAACAUACUGACUGCACGAAGGUAAAAUGAAGUUGCUAUAUAACUUAAGUUUUAGUGAUUUCUUCUCGGAUAUAUAACGUCGAGCAAAUGUUUUGUGAUAUUAAAGAUACAUGUAAGUUUGAAAUCGGAUAGAUUUUUACGGCAAAAUUCUGGGAGAAACUUCACAUUUAUAUCGGUGCAUGAGUCAUCUACUGAAAAAAAGAAAACCAAUGAUGAGCUGAAAUUUGUAAGUGGAAACCCCAAUAUUUUCCAAACGCUAGCCAAUUCAACAGGAAUAUAAGCGGAACAACAGACGUUGCCAACUGAUUGUUUGGAUACAAUACUUUUAAGGCGUAUGUCUAACGUUGUAACUCGAUAUAAAGCGUUAUUUAUUCAAUAUUACUACAAACUGAUAUUCCUGUGUACAUAAACCAUUACUCUUUUUGCAGUCCGGAAUACAAUGGAUUAAAAAUAACCAAGCAUUUUAUUGUGAUCAAUUGUGGGUUUCAACAAAAUGUGUGGGAAACAUAAAUUCUCUGUGUCUGACUCAUCAUGAAUUAAAUGACGGGAAGUUAUAUUGGGGAAAACCAUGCGUUUGUCAAGAGUUAUAUGAAAACUUGCCGCAUCGAAGUGCCGCUUUUACAAAAAAGGGCUGAUAAAACCAUGUGUCGUUGAUUUUAAUAUUCAAAAUAAUAACUUUGUAGUGAAAAAUGAAACAUCGAACAGUGGAUUUGGUAUUUAAAUGCUAUGGACUGAAUUUUUGUUUACAUUAAAGACUGAGCUUAUUAAAACUGUGAACAUGAAAACAAGAUGAUGUCACGAAAGAUCACUUGAACGAACAAACCCCGAUGCAAGAAGACACGAGGCAAUUUAGUCUUACCUGGACACUUUCGUUGGCAAGCGCCGGGAAGAGCAGGGCACAAAGUUGAGCAAUUCUGUUCCGAACCCGUGACCUCGUCGUAAAACGUGACACUGAACAAUGGCUUUUUUCUACGACAAAAUUGACUAUAUGAAGACAACUGUGUUGAUGUUAACAUAAUGGCAAAUUUAGCCGAUGUGUUUAAGGAUAAGGAACGGUCGAACUGGCUCAAGGCAUGGCUAGCAAUAGACAUUGCGAAGUCUGGCUUGGAGCAUUUAGCUGACAAAGAGGCUCAGAAUUUUCACCAGCACAUUUACAGCCAAGUAAGAUCUUCUCUUAAGUCACAAUCAUAUACUUGCAACGGCUGUAACACAGCAAAUUUACUGCGAAAACAGCAGUGUCCAAUCAAGAUUUGUGAUAAAGUUUUCCAAGAAAUUAUCAAGGAACAUCGGUACAAAAAAUGUUCUUGGAAUAAUACAUCUGCGCAAUUAUGGCAAACGAACUAUUGGGAAAUAGCGAAAUGUUACAUCCAAACAGAGGGAUAUGCUGACAAGAUAUCCAUUCAAGAUACAGACUUCAACGGAGUCGUUAGUUUUAUGCUGAACUGCACACGGUUUGAUAGCAAGUUUUCUUUUCCAAUAACAAAGGGAAGGCCAACCCACAACAAGCCUGCAUGCCUCCUGUAUAAGGCUCGUGAAGUUCAUAAGGCUGUGCGGCACUCUUCAAUAAUGGAAGUCACUGAUGUCGAUCUCCAAGACUAUUUCACAACAUUGAACAACCUCCUGAAAGAUUCACGAUAUCUUAGUCAUGAUAACGUUGCCAAAAAUGCUGUGGUGAAAUUAGCCCAGUUGGAAAAAGACACAUUACUAUUGACUACAGCAGAGAUGAUGUGUUUCCUGGAUGCUGUUGAAACAACUUUGAAACAACACUUGAAAGAUAUUGCAAAAGACGUUGUUGACGCAUCAGUGAAUGACCUCAGAGUAAACACAGCAUUGUGUAUUGAUAACAUUAAAGAUUUUCUGGACACAUGUAAGCAAGAGCUCGCAAAACAGACAGAUAUACAUAAACAGGAUAUCGAUGAACACGUCGACAGUCACAAACAAGGCAUAGAUGAUCACAUAGGAAGACACAAACAGGGCAUAGAUAAACACGCCGAUAGACACAAACAGGGCAUAGAUGAACAUGCUGGUAGACACAAACAUGGCAUAGAUGAACACGUCGAUAGACACAAACAGGGCAUGGAUGAACACGCUGGAAGACACAAACAGGGCAUGGAUGAACAUGCUGAUAGAUACAAAAAGGGCAUGGAUGAACACGCCGAUAGACACAAACAGGGCAUGGAUGAACAAACAGGCAGACACAAACAGGGCAUGGAUGAACACGCUGGUAGACACAAACAGGGCAUGGAUGAACACGCCGAUAGACACAAACAGGGCAUGGAUCAACACGCCGAUAGACACAAACAGGGCAUGGAUGAACACGCUGGUAGACACAAACAGGGCAUGGAUGAACAUGCUUAUAGACACAAACAUGGCAUAGAUGAACACGCCAGAAGACACAAACAGGGCAUGGAUGAACAAGCAGAAAAAUGCAUUAAGGACAUCCAAGAACAGUUUGGAAAUACUACUUUCACUGAAACAACCUACAAACAGUCCUGUAGAGAACUGAUCGAAGGUAUGAAGAAGCUGUACAACGACAACCUAAAUCGCGUGACCAUAUCUCCACUAAAUGACAUCAUCGAUACAAAAUUACGAGAUGUUUAUAUGCCGCCAAACAUUUGCGAAAUGUGCAAUGACAAGGGCGUGUUUAAGAAAACAGACAUACGCGUAACACAGUACAAAGAGGUGAUUUUUACAAACAACAAAAUGAACCCUCGAAUAUUUAUUCAAGGUGAGGCCGGGUCUGGUAAGACAACAUUCUUAGCAAAGUUAGCCACAGACUGGGGUGACCACACAUCUUGUGUUAUGCCGACUCCCAGCACCAACGAGUCAAAUACAUCCUCGGUUACCUCUGAGCAAUUGGAUACGUCUCGUGAAUCUUCGGUAACUGAUGAAGAAUCGGAUAGGUCUAGUUCAUUAUCGGCAACUGAUGAAAAAUCGGACAUUUCUUGUGCAUCGGAUUCUUCAGCCGAAGAAAGUGACACAAGUGACAUGUUAUGGCACAUCGAGACAUUUGGUCAUGCAAAUAGCAGUUCACAAAUCUUUGCUGAUUUAGACGUUCUGCAGGACUAUAUGUUUGUUUUCCAUCUUACAUUGAGAAAUUCGGUAAAACAGUUAAACGUUACUACUAUGAUAAACAAACAAAUAAUAGACUCAAUAUACUACUCUCAGGACGACCGUAAGAAGGCCUACAAACUUGUGAAUGAGAUCAUGAAACGUGAACGUUGCUUGGUACUACUUGAUGGUCUAGAUGAGUGGAUUGGACCUGAUGAUCAUCGAAACCUACCAACUUUGGUAGCAUCGCACAGUCAAUGUGCUAUUCUUAUUACAACUCGACCUUGGAAAUUGGCUGAAGGGAAAAUAAGAAACUCGGACAUCGAUGUAUUGCUGCAACUGGAAGGAAUAAACAAGCCGUUUGCGCUUAGCAGAGCUAUUAUGAGUGGUAUGGUAGAGAAGAAAAACCUAGACAAAAAACACUCAGCAUUUAGGCGUUACAUACGGAAACAGAAGCUCGGCAAGUUACUAUCAUCGCCAAUUAUGGUCUCUGUCAUUGUUUGUGCGUUUGUAGAUGGCAUAAAAUUGCAAGGCUCAAUGUGUCAAAUAUACAUCCUCUUACUGGAAAGUCUGUUCAAGAAAGGGAACAGCGAAAUGUGUGAAUGUCAACAGCCAUCUCUUCCCUGCUUCGCAGGAACUCAAUACAUACAACCCAAUAUGGAACACAUGAAUCGCCUUGCUGAAAUGGCAUUUUAUUUGUUGUUUUUACAUACAAAGGAAAACUCAAUAGUGUUUACCAUUAUGGAAUUAAAGAAAUUCAAGAUGGCCGAGCGAGAACAAAAAGACUUUGCAUUUAAAUCCGGAGUUUUAUCGUAAACACGAAAUGCCUCUACUCUGCGAUUAGCGUCAUCAUUUAUGUUUAUCCACUUGAGCAUUCAGGAAUUCCUCGCUAGUUAUCAUAUCGCGCGCAAUACCAAUCUCAUUGAUGACGUCAUUCAUGGCUAUCUUACCCGUAAUAAAGGUGCCUAUCUGGACAUAUCACAGGUGUUUAUAUUUCUGUGUGGGCUUGACAAAUCGGCUGCGGAAAAGCUAUCGGGUAUGAUGAAUAAACGUAUUGAUUCCGAUGCAUAUCAACAAAUUUCGGAAUUUCAAAACCUCAUACUGGCAGGAUACAGAGAAGCUGCUGCUAAUGGACAUACUGAUAUUUCCCUCGAACUUAGCUUCUUUAAUUUCGUUGAACACAACACAGACCUGUAUAGACUUUGGCUAAAUAACGCGUCAAAUGUCAUUUCUUUAAAAGUUUUGUUCGACACGAACGUCUAUAAAAACAAACGAAUUCCUGCUUCAUCUCAUAUGAAGUUUGACCUGUCAUCGUGCCACAAGCUGAAAACAUUGGAUCUAAGUGGAAACUUCACCUUUCUUAACGAUUCUGGCAGUUCGGUAAUAUCGGAAUUGGCGAUCUCGAUUGUUCUGAACAAUGCCGAUUCACACCAGUGCACAUACCCUCCACCAGUAUUGCCCUCCAUAGAACGUAUAUCAAUUGGGAACGUCACAUGCCCCUCUUCCUGG